UACCGAAAUCUCAAUCCUGGUUUCAGACUCAAGCAUGUGAAUAUUUAUAGCACCCCUCCGACGCUUUCUCAAAACAGUCUGAUCAUGAUUUCCAUCAGCCACGGAGGGGAUUCAGGAACAGGGGCCAUGGGAGAAUCACUGCAUUUUCGUUGCGAGCUGCGAUUGAUUCCCCAGUGAUUCCUCGUGCAUUAUAAUUUCCGCCCUCUUCAGCAUGCACACUCAGCCCCAGCCUUAAGAUUUGGAUUGAAUGUUGGGAAGAAAAGCCUGCUGCUCUCUGUCUACACGCACUAGCUACUGCAUAUACGAUCGCUAUCAAUGCAGAUUUGCUGUACAUUGAGAUGCACGACUUUUGAUUUAAGGUCUGGGCCAGCGAGGGAGCGGUGAGCGGGAUGGAAUCAGAGCUCUUCGUCAGUUUGGAGAAAGUGAACUUCUGCUGGAAGAGUCGGUAGGCAAACAGAGACGCAGAGCAAGAGAGAGAUAUUGCGGCUAAAGGCUCGUGAUUCGUCUCAUUAUCUGAGUCCAGGCCUGUGACAUAUGCAAGUUAUGACAGAGGCAGUGUUGAUUUUCAAAUUUCUUUUAUUUCACGCUUCCAGUUAUAAAAGAGGGUUGGGAGACAGCAGUGACAUGUGAGUAGCGGUAAAAUCUCCAAAGAAGGACAUGUCGUUCCCAGUUAUAGGCUGGACAACAUUGUAUGCGGGGUACAACCACCCCUGCUGAUUAUGGCGAAGCAACUGCCGCACAUUCCAAUCUUCUUCUUGCAGCAGUACAUGAGACCAGAGUUAUAGAGAGUUUCUGAUCAUUGAACUCCGGAGGUAACACUUUCAAACUGCGAGUGUAGACCGUCUUGUCUCAGCUCUCUGCCUGUCCCCAGAGUUUGUAGGUUCUCAGAGUUCUAAUAUUGAGCUCACAGUCCAUACACCUUACUCCUGGAAACUGAAGUUGCGUUUGCUCGAGAAAACCAUUUCUGUACACCGAGAGCUCUCACUCAGCAUUGGACUUCACACUCUGAUCCGGAGAAGUAUAUGCGGAUCGACACGUUUUAUCUUUUGACACUGGUAGUCUGAUAAAACAUAGCAGCUCGAAGAUUGAAGCUCUACAAUGUGACAUUCCAGGCAGAUGAUAGAGCUAACUAUACUCCACGUGUAAACUACUAACGUCUGUCGGUCUCUGAUACUCCGUAGCAGAAUCUGAGUGGAUUUUAUUUAGACUGGUUAUUUUGUCCAGGUGAGCUGAUCUGAACUAGCAAUCGAUCGAGUAUGAGUGCCGAGGCAAUGUCGUGCCUGACCAGUAUUAGCAACGGCACACGUUUCGCCAACGUGUGCCCCGAAGAUGUUUCUUUCGGCAGGGACUGGAGAUCGUCCGGAAGUACCUCCUUGGGACUACUUUUGGUCGUCACUGUGUAUAUUGUCUUCCACCAGUACAAAUUUCGCAACCCCAAAGGACCCUGGGUUUGGCCUAUUCUCGGCAAUAUGCCCGACUUCAUUCAAAAUGUCCACCGGCUGUACGACUGGAUGGCUGAGAUGCAGCUCGAGCAUGGGGGGACAGUUGACCUCACCUUCUUCUUCCCGUUCGGUGAUCUGCAAAAAGUCAACACUGCCCGACCAGAGAAUGUCGAGUACAUCACCCAGACGCAUCACGAAAAUUUCAUCAAGAGUGAUCAGAACAUGGACCUCUUCCGCGAACUUUUGGGACACGGAAUAUUCAACACUAACGGCGAGAGGUGGCGGAUUCAGCGAAAGAUCAUAGCCCCCAUGUUCACGAUGGUGGUGUUACGUGAGUCUACGCUCCCUCUGCUAAGAUCCGGAUUGGAGACGAAGCUUCUUCCCAUUGUCAAGGAGGGAGCUGAGACGGGAAUGGUUAUGGACUUGCAGCAAAUUCUCUUCCGCUUUGGAUUUGACUCCGUCUGCGGCACUGUAUUGGGGCUCGAUCCGAAAUCUCUGGCGAAGGGCUUCCCGUCUGUUCCGUUCGCCGAAGCUUGGGACACAGUGACCUCAACUAAUCAGGAGCGAUGUUUCACUCCCAAGUUUAUUUGGCAGAUCAAAAGAGCGUUGCAGGUCGGGUCGGAGGGACGUUUCCUGAAAGCUUUGAAAGUGGUGGAUGAAACGAUCACCAAGACCAUUAAAGCUCGGCGAGCGCAGCUGGAGCAGGGGAUCGGCUUGGAGAGAUUGGACCUACUGACUAAGUUCAUGAAGCUAAGCGAUGAAGAAGGGAAAUCUCCUGACGACCAGUUUCUGCGAGAUACUACGACGAACAUGCUCCUGGCAGGACGAGAUACCGUGUCUAUGCAGGUCAACUGGUUUUUGUGGCUAGUCACCCAGCACCCGGAGGUCGAGGCAAACAUCGUGAAAGAGCUCAAUGAAAUCAAACUUCAAAGAAGCCCCGAGAGGCAACAAGAUGCCACCUUCUCCUUCGUCGAGCUCGGGAAGAUGACAUAUCUCCAUGCUGCGCUGAAUGAGGCUGCGCGCUUGUAUCCGAGUCUCCCGUGGGACUUCAGGUUUGCAGUGGAAGAUGACGUGCUUCCCGACGGUGUGAAAGUCAAGAAGGACCAGGGAGUUAUUUGGUCCAUGUACACCAUGGGAAGAAUGCCUGAGCUUUGGGGAGACGACUGCUUGGAGUUCAAGCCCGAGCGUUGGUUUGAUGGGCAUGGAGGUCUGAAAACUGUCUCGCCUCUCAAAUUCUCGGCAUUCAGCUCGGGUCCACGUAACUGCUUCGGGAAAGAUUUAGCAUAUCUCUUCAUGAAGUCCGUCUCUGCUGCUCUGCUUUCGCAGUACAGCAUUCAACUCGCACCUGGGCACAAAGUCCAGUACGCGUUGUCCAUUAUUCUUCUGAUGGAGAAGGGCCUUCCUGUCACGUUUCAUGCCAGACUAAAAUAGACUGCAAGCCAGUCAGACCACUGUACAGUCUCAAACUCCAGAGUUCACUUGUUUGGAAUCAUUAUAUCGAACCCGCCGGGAGCUGUGAAAGCGACUCAUCAUGCACACUCGAGCUUGUAUUUUGUCUCAUCUUGACUUGAAGGACCAACUUCACCUGCACUUGUGCGGUUAUGUUAACUGGCGGUCGAUUUCGUAGUAGUGUGGUGUGAUCGAUUCCUACGCAUAUGGUGUUUCGGUUUCAGUCCAUAUCUAAUGGAAAUAAUAGGUCCUUCAAAUAGGUUGGAGCUGCGUCAGAAGGUUCUGUUUUGCAAGUGUGGAAUGACAGUGGAGUCUUCUGCUCCAUCUCCAGCCAAUCUGGCUGUGGCGGGACCAAUAGAAUCAUAGCUGCAGGCUCUAGGCAGAAAGACCUCGAAUCACAGUUCUACUCCUAAUCCACUUCUUGGAACCAGCUGUUGCCACUCCUGCCAGUAUGUGCUGAACACUAUUGAGAAGCUAACGCUUCUCAUACUGAAAUUGGAAGGAUCAACGGACAUCGUUGACAUCAAUUUCAACUGCUUUGGAUAUCUCCUCAAUAUUGCGCAAUGAUUCCCCUAUUGUCGGC